GCGGCGUGGCCGGUACCGGCGGCCCGGAGGCGGCGGUGGCGUUGGAUGAGCUCCGCUCCUGGUGGGAAGUCCCGGCCAUCGCGCACUUCUGCUCCCUCUUCCGCACCGCCUUCCGCCUGCCCGACUUCGAGAUCGAGGAACUGGAAGCUGCUCUUCACAGGGAUGAUGUGGAGUUUAUCAGUGACCUGAUCGCCUGCCUUCUUCAAGGUUGCUAUCAGCGCAGAGACAUCACAUCCCAGACGUUUCACAGCUACCUGGAGGACAUCAUCAACUACCGCUGGGAGCUGGAGGAAGGGAAACCCAAUCCCCUGAGGGAGUCCACCUUCCAGGAGCUGCCCCUGCGCACCCGGGUGGAGAUCCUGCACCGCCUCUGCGACUACCGCCUGGAUGCAGACGACGUCUUCGACCUCCUCAAGGGCUUGGACGCCGACAGCCUCCGCGUGGAGCCGCUGGGCGAGGACAGCAGCGGUGCCCUGUACUGGUACUUCUACGGCACACGGAUGUACAAGGAGGACCCCGUGCAGGGGAAAACCAACGGAGAACUGGCUCCAGACAGGGGAUGCGGGGGGCAGGCAAACGCCCCAAACGUCCCUGGGAAAACGGGCAAGAGACGAGGGCGACCCCCGAAGCGGAAAAAACUAAUGGAAGAAAAUUUGCUGAGGGAGAAGGCAGAAGAGAACUUGCUAAUCCGCGAGACUCAGAUAAGAAAUGGGUCCCAAGGGCCUGGCCGUGGGACAUGGUGGCUGCUGUGUCAGACGGAAGAGGAGUGGAGGCAGGUCACAGAGAGCUUCAGAGAGAGGACUUCCCUUAGAGAGCGGCAGCUCUACAAACUCUUGAGUGAAGACUUCCUGCCGGAGAUCUGCAACAUGAUUGCACAGAAGGAGAAGCGUCUACAGCGGACAGAGUUUUCUCCCAGGUGGAUGUCUGACCAUCAGCCCAUCAAACCAAUCAAGCAGGAGGUAAACCCGAACGUGCUGAGUUCGAUGGAGAAGCAGAGGCGCAGAGAGGAAGAGGAGGAGCGCCAAAUCCUUAUAGCAGUACAGAAGAGGGAGCAGGAACAGCUGCUGAAGGAAGAGAGGAAGAGAGAGAUGGAGGAGAAGGUGAAAGCCGUGGAAGAACGGGCCAGGAGGAGAAAGCUUCGUGAAGAGCGGGCCUGGCUGCUGGCGCAGGGGAAGGAGCUCCCCCCUGAGCUUUCCCACUUGGAUCCCAGUUCCCCUACCAGGGAAGAGCGAAGGACCAAGGACCUCUUUGAACUGGAUGAUGAGUUCACAGCCAUGUACAAAGUUCUAGACGUGGUAAAAGCUCACAAGGACUCUUGGCCCUUCUUGGAGCCCGUCGAUGAAUCAUAUGCUCCCAACUACUACCAGAUCAUUAAGGCCCCCAUGGACAUCUCUAGCAUGGAGAAGAAGUUGAAUGGAGGUCAGUACUGCACCAAGGAAGAAUUUGUGGGCGAUAUGAAGACCAUGUUCAGGAACUGUCUUAAGUACAAUGGUGAAGGCAGUGAAUAUACCAAGAUGGCUUACAAUUUAGAAAGGUGUUUCCACCGAGCAAUGAUGAAGCACUUCCCUGGGGAAGACGGAGACACAGAUGAGGAGUUUUGGAUAAGAGAAGAUGGAAGACGAGAGAAGAGGAGCCGGCGGACUGGCCGUUCCAGCACAGGCAGUGUUUGGACUCGGUCGCGAGACCCAGAUGGACCAGGCAAGAGGCAGCAACGCCUGGAAAAUGGAGGAAAACCUCCACCAUAUCGAGCUACUUCCAGGGCUCCUGCUUCUUCUUCUUCUUCCUCUUCCUCCUCCUUCUCCUCGUCCUCCGCAGAGGAUCCAAGUGGCAAUCCCAUGCAGCCUCCUCGAGAAGUGGGUCCUUCCAACGGGCGAGGUUUCCCUCGCUCUCUGCAGUACGGUGGCAUGCCCAGCCCCGUGCCACAUCCCGGCCAGAUGAGACCAGCCGUGCCGGGAACGUUUGGCCCCCUGCGUGGAUCGGACCCCACAAAACUCUAUGGCUCGCCGCGAGUGCCUGAGCCCCAUCCUGGAGACCCGGUCCAGCAGCACCAGCACUUUGCCAUGCAGCCGGCCGUGGGACUGAGCGAGCACCGUGGGCACAGGCUGGCCGCCCCGGAGAAGCAGGCGUGCGCAGGACCGACCCACGUCGCCGGCCUCGGCCCCCGGCCAGGUGCCCUGCAGCUGGGACGCAUGAGCGGCCCCCCGCCCGACGCCGGCGUCUACCCACCGGCCCAGUUUCAGCAGGGCUUCCUCCCCCCGAGGCACAACGGUCCCCCCGUGAGACCACCAGAGGGUUCGGAGGUCCCCCCGGGGCACAUGUACCGGCCCUACAAGUACCUGAACCGCGCACACCCAGCCCUGUGGAAUGGCAGCCAUGGCCCCACCGGGCAGGGCACUGUGGGGCCGGAGGAGAAGGCACCCAUGGGGCCGGGACCCUCGCUCCAGCCCCGCGCCCUGGGUCAUAUGAUGGACCCCCGGGCCAUGAGGCCACCUCUGCCUCCCAGCCAGUGGACCGAGCAAUCGAAUUUCCUACCUCAUGGGGUGCCUCCCUCAGGGUAUAUCAGACCUCCUGGGAAAGCCGCCGGGCAGAGGAUGCCGCAGCCGCCGUCCGCUCUGUUUGGGGGACCCCCUCAGGUCCAAAGAGGGUGCCAGGGCGGGGACUCCAUGAUGGACAGCCCGGAGAUGAUCGCCAUGCAGCAGCUGUCCUCCCGCGUGUGCCCGCCGGGUGUGCCUUACCACCCUCGCCAGCCGCCCCCGCCGCACCUCCCCGGACCCUUUCCCCAGCUGGCACACGCCGCCUCUGCCGCCGGCGGGCAGCCCCCCAAACCCGUCGUGGGGAACGGCAACUCCCAGGAUCCAACCGGCCAGACCAUGGAGACGGAGAGUAACCAAGUGGAGCCGCCGGCAGGUGUGGACGAGAAGGCUCAGUGCAUCGGCAUUCCCGACGGGGCCUACACCAAACUCCUACCUCAUCCCAAACCCCCACUGCCUAUGGAGUGCACCAGGCGCGCCUUGCCCCCAGACGGGGAGGGAGAUGGCUCUGGCGUGAAGGGCGACCUGAAGACAGGGCAGGGCAAAGGCACGUGGCCAGCAGAAAGUGGCUAUGCUGGUGGCCCGGGCUGCGUGAGGGACCUGGUGCCCACCUCCGAGAGAGGAGGUCCCCUGCCUGAGAACGGGGCAGCGGGCGAGGGGCCAGCAGCCAGCACCGAGGGGAAGGGGCUAGCCACCAACCUGCUGGAGAAGCCCCUCUGUGGUGGGGGGAAGGCUGUGCCCGAAGCGGCCGUGCCUUGCAUGGGGCAGGGCACCGGACUCCCCGGCGUGGACGCUAGCUCCAUGGGGGCCACCCCUAACCAGUUCCACCCUCUCUACAUGCCCAGUCUGGAAUACCCCAAUUCAGCUGGGCGCUACCACAUCAACCCAAGCCUGCAGGGCUUCGGUCCCGUGAUGGGGGGAAAGCAUCCUCCUCCUCCUCCUCCUUCCUCCCACCCCCAGCAUUUUUCCCCUCGGGGUUUCCAGCCAAGCAGCGCCCACCCCGGCGUCUUCCCCCGCUAUCGACCCCCCCAGGGCAUGCCCUACCCCUACCAGCCUCAACCUCAACCUUCCUACCACCACUACCAGCGACCGCCCUACUACGCCUGUCCGCAGGGCUACUCGGACUGGCAGAGGCCUCUCCACCCCCAGGCCAGCCCCAGCGGGCACCCCACCGCCCACCCACCCCUGGCCAGACCCCCUUUUUCAGACAGGGGGUCGGCCAGCAGCUUGCAGGGCUGCGAGGCGCUGAGCGCUGCCCUGGCCUCUCCCAACCGCAUGGACGUAGCGAGUGCCAAAGAGGUUUCUCCGAGCGAUGGGCAGGAUCUGGGGCCUGAAGAGGAGAAGUCCGAGGAGUCCCAGGAAAGGCCGGAGAGUCCCAAAGAGUUCCUUGAUUUGGACAACCACAACGCAGCCACGAAGAGGCAAAGCUCGGUGGCAACGGGGGAGUUCCUCUAUGGAGCCCCACCACCACACCUGGGUUCAGGGAUGGGAUUCGGCCCAUCGGCUUUCCCUCCCCACGGGGUGAUGCUACAGACUGGCUCUCCUUAUGGAUCGCGGCAUCCCGCCAGUCAUUUCCAGCCCAGGACAUAUGGAUCGCCCAUGAAUGCUCAUCUGUCUCAUCAUCCGGCCUCCAGCCAGGCCAACGGCCUCUCUCAGGAGGGACCCCUGUACCGCUGCCGGGAGGAGAACGUAGGUCACUUUCAGGCCUUGCUGAUGGAGCAGAGAGGCAGUGGAGGUGGCAUGGGGGGACCACCCCAGGACUUGUAUAGACCCUCGGGAAUGCAAAUGCAUCAGGCUCAAGCUCCCUUCCCGAAGAUGCCUACAGCAACCAUGUCCCGGGAAGAUUUGACGCCACAAAAACCAUCAGCGUUGCCUCUGGAUCAAAGCUAGUCCGAGGAAGGACGGACCUCACGAAUAUGAAAGCCACACGUGAUUUGGACAAGGGGGAGGAGGGGCAGACUUUCCUCCCACCCUCCCCUCGCCCGAGCAGCAUGUAGCUUCCUGGGUCCGCGGAACGUGAUGCCGCCACGGCUUUUGUGUUGGAAACCUGGAGCGGUGCUGGGCCCCAGCCAGCCGAGCAGCUGGGUCGCCACCGCAGGGCGAGCAUCGCAAACCUAGUGGCUUUCUGUGACCGGAGACUGCGUCUCGUUCAGGGUUUGAGGGAUUUUUUGGGGGUGGGGAGGGCGGGGGUGGGAGCAGAAACUUUCAUUGACUGCUAAACUCAGGUAUAUUUUUCAGGGUGGAAGACGAUGAUGAUGGAAUUUUACUUGUAGUAUUAACGUGUGUGGUUUGGAGCUGGAUCCAGUUUACAGAAUUUAACCUGUUGCCUUUUUAAAUAAAUUUCUGUUGUUGGUGAAUGUAUUGUACAUAAUGGGGGAGGUGGUGGGCCCAGCGUGUAGUGGGCUUAGCACUGGAGGAAUCCGUAACUGUUUACAAUCAUAUCACACUGAAAUCUUUCAGGAUAGGGUGAGGGUUUGGGGGAAGUGGAGAGAGGUGAAGGAACGUGUGAUGGAUGACUUGCUGUCCUCUUUCCUAUCCUCUGCAACCAAGACACAACCUGACGGUUGGUUGACUUAAUAGCAGGAAUUGCUCAGGAGCAUAAUGUCCUCCUCUUUCUCUUGUCGUCUUCCUCCUCCCUCUCUCACCCCCACCUCUGCCCCCUCUGGAUCCAGGGCCUGAGUGCACUUCCAGCUCCUGUCAUCAUGGGGGAACAAGGAAACCAGGACCAGGAAUUGAAACCAGGACAGGAUACUCAUGGCAUUGUCCCUUCUGCUAGUAUAGUACCCUUCUCCCUGCCUUUGUGAUAGGAGAAAUGUAUGCUCUAGAAAACAGAAAAUGGCGUAACUGGUCAUCUUAGACUUCUUUCGGUGAAACUGGUGCAGCUGGGGGUAGAGCAGCAUCUAUCCAGUAGAACAAAUACUGUGCAAAUCUGUGCUGCCCUGCUGCCCGAGCAGAGAAGCUGAAUCCCCACCCUUCUUUCUCUGUCCCAUGUCUAUGUUCACUUCUUAUCAGCAGAGAAGCAGAAGGUACUCCAGGGUUCCUGACCACUGUCAGUUGCUGGUGGAGGAGGAGCAUGAGGCUGCUUUGGGGGAAUGGUUGGUUUGCUGCCGUGGGAGCAAUGUGUUGGCCUAUGGAGUUGGAUUUGGCAUGUGCAAGUCGCAGGUGAAUCAGAAAGCACUGAUUUGAGAACAAACAUUGAGGUGGUGUGGCUCAGAGGGUGAGGAACAAGAGGGCCACGUGCUCGAGUUGAGUUGGUUUUACCUUCGUCAUCACUGACGCUGUAGCAGCAAGUCCUACAGGGCUCGUGGUAGCUUCCCUCGGAGGGCAUACGCAGUCUGCAGUGACUUCUUCACCAGUUGCAGUACUGCACUGGGGAACCCCUGACUGCCAGUGCUUUGCCAACGCUGGUGUUCAAAUGUAGGUUUGACAAAUGAGUUUGGUAGGAAUCUCGUCUGCAGAUGUUUAUUUGCAUCUUAAAGCUAACACAGCUGAUUGUUCUUGGGUUUUUCUAAUGCAGGCUGCUGGUUGCACUGGGGGGACAGCAGUAUAGUUAAAAGGAGGAUGUGCCAACGUGUUGGACAAAUUGUGCUAGCAAGUGGUAGCAGAAGUGAGGUGAGAGCAGCAUGCCCUUUAGUCUGUGGUACCAGCUAGGGUAGGGGAGCGUCUUUGUUUCCAGGUUUCUGGAGAAUUUUUCUGGCUGCUUUGUUGUCUUGGAUGGUGCCAUCACCCGUAUCUUUAGCUGGAUUGCACUAGCAUGCAGGACUGCACCGCCUUUGUCCUCUGUGUAGAUCUACUGUGUGAUGGCAAAGCUCUUUGAGCAAAUGACAGGUAGCAUCUGACUGAGCCAUUACUCCUUUCUGAAGCUUUUGGAAGCACAAAAAGCCUAAAAGAUGAGAACUAUUCUUUCUUGAAAUAGUUAGAACAUGGAAGGACUGCCACAUCAAUGCCCUCUUACCAAUGGGUCUCGCUGCUCUAUUGUUACUGUACUUUUGUAUCUUAUGAGUUGUGUAGGGCCAAAGCAUUUUCCAAACCCAACAGGAGUUAAACUUCUUCAUGCUAUUCCCACACGCAAGUUUAUAAACACAGGGAGCAAUUGUCGCUGGUGGAUUAGUAUAAACUAGAAUAGAUGAUGCUGAAGGUUGUUCUUUGAGAAGCAGGCAAAUGCUCUCCCCAGCCAAGAACAUUAUGCUAUUGCUCAUCCAAAUUUGUCCCACAUCUGAGGGUCUGCUGCUGACUCGUCAGCUGGCAGUGGGUUUUCAGAGAUGCCCCAGCUGCUCUGAGAUGCAGGUCUGGAUCCUUCCCUGAAUGGAGGUACUGAAGCAGUAGUAGGUAUUUAUGAAAAACUGUGCAAGUGUAACUGUUCUUCAAGACAACAAACCUGGGACAAAUUAAUACACAGCUGCUUCUCCUUGUAAAGCAGUCUUUAGUUCAUUGUAGAUCUAAAAGUAAUUUGAAAUAUCACAUUUGAAAAUAGAGGAACUGUGAAAUAUAACUUGUAGCAAAGUGUUCAAAAUUCUGGAAAUGUGAAUGUAGAUUCUGCAAACAGCCUGUGUCUUCUGUAUAAUAGACAGUUACCCGAAUAUUUGAAGUGCCUUUCAUUCAGCUCAUUGUGAACUUUGUGGGACAGGAGGUUUUUACAAGCUCUAAAAAAACCCAAGCAAUCUGAAGCACUCUUGGCCUUGGGCUGGAACUGGCACUGAAAACAUGGUUCUAGUGGUCAUGGUAUCUGGAUGAGUACCAAGCCCAGAUCAAAAAAGGGGACAAAUAAGAAAGGCAAGAAUUGUUUGUGGUCUGCCUAUAGAGCAUAGUGGAGUGUUAGACAGUGAUAAAUACUCUGAGGAUCCUAUAUGGAGUGUGUGACAUCAAGGUAUUAUCCCUCACCUGACGGAAAUUUGGGAGAAGGGUUUGACUUGCAGAUGGUAGACAAAACAGAGUAGUGAAGCUACUCCCUCCUGGGAGAGUUUCUGGGUAAAUGGCUUUUGAUGUAGUCAGUGAUUCUUAUUAAAGUGACUAACAAGCUGCUGUUCUGAGGGCAUAUGGUUUAUAUUAGAAAAGUGCUAAUACAGUGUAGGGGAAACCAUGGCUGGGCUACAAGGAUUGGGCUAUCCUGGGGACAGGGCAUGCUAGAUGGAGAGCUGCUAGUGGAAUCUUCACUCGGGAGUUUUCAGACUUUCAAAUGCUUUGUUCCUAAGGGUUUGGGUGGGUUUUCUUUUCUUUUUAUGAUGAUGCCCAGGGAUGGCCCAAAAAUCAGAGCUCUAUCUCAAGUGCAAUCUGAGCAAAUCAUGGAAAAUUGGCACCCCUCCGACCGCAUGGGGCUGGGAGUGGAUUGCUGGGGUGGAAGACCAGUAGAAAUGCCCAGGGAGAAGCAGAAAAUAUGAAUUUUGUAGUUUAUGGGAUCCCAACCCAUGCUGCGCAGGGCUGUUUCGUAGAUUGUGAAAGACACACCUUUAAGGAGGGAUUCAGAAGAGAGUAAAAUGGCAGCUCUUUAUGUACAGAGUGGUACUUUUUGCUAUGGUUUGUCAUACAGUGCAGGAGAAGUGUAGCUACAUUUUAAAAUACCCUGGCUUAUGAGUGCCAUACUCGUGUCGCUAUCUUAAAUAAUAUUUUAACACAUACAGAGCAAUUCUGGACUCUAGUUGGAAGCCCUCUUUCUCAUCCCCCAGCAUCAGUGUAGUAGAGUAUAUUAGCAGUUUGUCUUUCCUCAGCAACCAUCUUGAGCUGGCAACUUUGCAAAGUUUCCUGCAGCUUUUACUUUCCUCAUAUGGAGGAUGUGUUUUGCUGUAAUUACGGAUUUCAUGUUAAAUGAGUCUAUAUAAUACGUAGGACAAAUAUGAUGUUGACUGUGCUUGAGCAUGCCAAAAAUUUCCAAUAUUCUCAGAAGAGCUUUGUACGCUACUUGGGCUUUUUAGCAUCUUGCUCUCCCCACCGCCUCGCCUUUUGCAAGUGGUGUGUGGUGUUCCCAAGAUGUUCAAUUGCCAUUAUAAAUGCCAUUGUAUAAACUUCCCCUGGGACUCUGGAAGCUUCAGGCAUCUUAAGCACUGCAGGCCCUGGCAAGUCAACUUAAGUAUUUUAAGAAGGCCAGUCACUGAGGCUUCACAGUGAUUUUUAGCUGUGUCCAGCAUAAGUUUGCAGGCUAUAAAUUCUGUGGUGUGACCCACCAAACCACUCAGUAGCAAUCCAAGGCACCAGCCUGCAAUGAAGAGGACAAAAGAGGAAAGUAAAUUUGAAGCUUUAAGGCCCAACUGGUUUGAUUUGACUUUAAAGUACAUGGAGACACUUUUCUUGGAAGAGCUUCUGAUCCUUUCUUGUCUGCCAAAUGCCUUUCCCAUGCAGGCUUUCCGAAACAAAUCUCCUGUGUAUAUUUUUGUAAGUGUGGUUUCUCGGGGUCUUGGAGCGCUAUCAGCUUCUUGAUGUCUUAUCUGAAAGCUAGUCACAGAGGCUGUCUUUCAUUCUGCUGACUGAGGCAGUUCUCCUGCAGCUUCUCACCCCAACGCUUCUCCAUUUAAAAUGAAAGUGUAAUUAGAAAACAACCUUCUUUUUUUUUCUUUUUUUUUUUUUUUUUAUUUUCCCCCUCUGCUGAUCUCUGUCAGUCUUCUGUGCAUCUCUGUUUUCAGCCAGGGCUGCUGCUUUGCUCUCAGUGGCUUUAUUCUGCUUCCCUUUUCCGAGGAGACAGUGCUGCCAUGUGCAUUGUGGAGUUUUGGAGAAGGUGCUGAACCGAGUGAUGGGGAAGCACCAUCCCAAGAGGUAGCUUGGAGAAGACAAACGGGAAUUGGUGAUGGUGUGGUUGCUUCUGGUUCCCCCUCGUUGCAGAGCAGCCACGCAAUUGGGUCUACGCUUAAUCAGAGCAUCCCCUUAAAAAAAGCUUUUGCUGGGGUGCAUUGGUGGGAGAGGAAUUUGCUCUUGCAGGAUUCCUGUUUCGCUUUAAGUACAGUGCUGGUGGUUGAAGAGCAGGUGUGUGAGUGCCAUAUCCUUUCUGGAGGGCUGAGAUUGAGAUAGCGGGCUAUGAAAGUCGUGUUGCAGCUGCAGGCCAUGUGACAAGCUUUAAGAGCAUGUGCUUAUUGUAACCGGGGAAAGCAUCUCAAACGCUGACCUUCCAGCCUUUCCCCAUCUGUACCUGUUUAACAUACAGAUGGGGGUAAAGCACAUUUGGGCUUGGCAGGACCCCUGCCGCCCAUGCGGAAGGAAAAUGCUUUUAACCAGCACAUAAUGAACUACGCGUUCUGAUUUUCACUCUCCGCUGCCCACCUCCCUCUCUGAAAAAUUGCUGGGGGGGCCCCCAUUUCCAGCUGUCUCCAAAUAGAGAUGGGAUGAUAAGAGCACGGUUCAGUCCGCUCCUUGGCAAGGGAAUUCAGGACAGGGUUGUAUUUGAAACUAGAUAGUAGCAUCCAAGUGUACCUUCGAAGCACAGGUGUUGUGAGCUGUGUGAUGCCAUGCCCUUUCUGAUUACUCUCCUGCCUCGGCUCACAUGCAGCGUUUGAGAGACCCUGGAGCAUUUUGUGGUUUUAGCCCUGCUGGCCUUGUGUCGACUGAGGUGGGGUUUUUUUUUCCUUAAUCUGCAGCAGUGGCCUAGAUUUCUUUUGGCAAAGGUCUUCCUCCUUCUGAAAUGUGGUUGUCAAAGCAGACAGUGCAUCCAGGAGAGAGCAAGAGCUACAUCCACCAGUGGAAAGGGGUAUGAAGGAUUAGUUAGGGUUAGGGAUAAAUUGGGAUUGUCACCAGCUCUAGCAAGUUCCUCUGUCCUUUUCCCUUAUUAUUUGGAAACACAUGGCUCGCUAGCAGAAGUGUAGUAAGUGGAGUAUCUUCUAAAUAGGAGUGAAACUGACUUUAUGUGGGCAAAAUACCCUUGUUAUGGACAAAGUUAGACCAGAUGGCCAUUAGGGACUCCUUUGGCCAUCAAAUCAGUAAGAGGCAAGCAGAUACCUAGUGCUUUCAAACACUGUUGAGUACGUCUGAGGAACAAUCUCCCUAUCUGAAGCCGGUCAGGCAGCUACAGGAGCUUGGGCCUCGACUUUAAGUCUGGGAAGUCCUCUGAUCCCCUUUUGUGUCAUGAGCCAACGUUUCCCCUGUCCUUGCUUCCAAGCUUUCAGGUUUUUUCUCCCUCUGCUCACUUUGUUGCGGUCGGUUGCUGUCAAGCGCAGAGAUGAAAGCUCACUGCCCACGUGAGCAGAAGGGCAGAAGGUUGAACUUGCCAGCUGUCUCCUCUGCACAGGCAUAUAAAAAGCAGGUGGGGAGUAGACAUUUACUCUCCUCAUGAAUUUAAGGUUGUUCUCAGUGGCUCACUAGUUCUCCCCCGCGGUCCUGGGGUUUGCCACCCCGGCACGGGCAAUACCUGUCCCUCUGGCAGCACAAGGCUUUGCUCCUGUGCAGGGCUCCCACGCGUGAUCCUGGCACGUCAACCUCCAAGGGGGCUUAGGUUAAAAAUAUAUACUGUGUACAACUGUGAAAAUUGUUGCCUCUCUUCCUCCAUAGAUGAGUGAACACCGCUGCCUGAUCUUUUUGGAGCAAUAAUAACGUGCAGCGGUGCAACUUUGACCUUCCCAUCUUGUUUCAGGGAGCGAAUGGCUAUGAAACACUGGGGGGGGGGGCACAGUUUUAGUGGGAAAUAAGGUGCAAUUACCCAUUUCUGUGGCCCUGCGUUUUAUCUACACCCCGUUCCUGCUUUCCCAGCCACUGUUGGAUUGAUGUAGGUAGCCGGGAGAGAGCUGGCCGCUUCCUCGGUGGUCGGGAAGGUGGAAAGGGAAGGGAGCAAUUUGGUAAAGGUGAGCCUCAUCCACGAAGCAGAGCCCAUGGAAGAGGGGUACCUGUUGCUGCCACAGAGCAAGGGGUGGGGACACGGCUGAUUUAAUGCCCCUGGGGGAGGAGAGUGACCCGCUGCUGCUUCUCUUGGCAUUGAUGAGGGAGGUAGCAGGAGAGCCUACACCACUACGUCCAUUUUUCUGAAGUUGGGUGAUGCUGGGGUGUUUGUUUUUUUGGUUUUGUUUU